AUGUCGUCACAACACCACCAUUCUGACAGUCUAGGGCUCCAGCCCCAGGAACCAGCACACCAUCAUAACCACAACCCUACAUCCCCUAUAUCACCCACCCGCGCCUACUUCCCUCCCAACAAGACCGCCCCCGCAUCAAUACCGCAAGUCCUCUCGGCCUCCCUCGUUGCCUCCCUCGCUUCCAAGAAGGCUGCUUACAUCAACCAUCCAUCCAUCCAAAAAGUCAUCGCCAGCCAUACUAUCACUAAACAGCAGGAAGCUAACGCUCCAGAUUACGACGAAACCAUCGCCAAUAUACCCGAUCUGGACCUGUUACCCCCUCCCCCAGUUUAUGACAUUGUCAACUGCUCGACCUCCCAAACUUUGCUCUUGGUCUCGUCACUUAUCAACACCAUCCUUGCAGUCAACGACCGUCUUGCUUGCCCCAAGAUCACCCUCUUCCACUCUCGAGCUAUCCCUAAUAUCUCGAUCGAGGCAUAUCUGUCAAGAAUACUUCAGUAUGCGCCCUUCCAGAAUGAGGUUCUCCUGAUUAUCCUCCUCUACUUUGACCGUAUUGGGGGAGGAUGCAAGCCGACCCAGGUCUUGACCAACACCAUCCCCAAAAGCCUUCUUCGCCAGGCCUCCCUUUCGUCUGAGGAUAUUAGCCAGCUCACCGCCCCCAAGACUGAGCCAUCGAUACCAGGAGACUACUUUCGCAACGCAGACGAGAAGGCCAAGCAGGGAAGAGGAGGAGGAUCAGGAUUGACGACAUCGGAUGCAGACAGCGAUAUCCUGGAUGAGGAGGAGCCUAUUGCGGACGAGAUCUACACGUCGUCGUCCGAGUCGCCUGUGGGAUCGAAGCUUAUUAUCAACAGCUUCAACAUCCAUCGUCUGUUGAUUACCAGUAUUCUUGUAGCCUGCAAGUUCUCGUCGGAUGUGUUUUAUCCCAACGUUCGUUAUGCCCGAGUCGGUGGUCUCCCACUGUCGGAACUCAACCAGCUCGAACUAGAGUUCCUCUUCCUCUCCCAAUUCGAGCUCAACACAACAGAGUCGGAACUCCAGACAUACGGGAACAAACUCCUCAUGUACCACCAACGCCUCAACGGGACAGAACGAGCCGCCUACGACGCCAUCACCCCUGCCAAGGGCGAGUAUGUCCGUCUCAACGAGAAGAACCAGAUCCUGGCCGACAUCAAGCCCGCCCAUCCUUCUCAUCCUCCCCCACCACCAAGAAUCCAAACCUCUGAUCUCUCCCAGCCUCAACAACCCCAGCCUCAGCCUCAGCCUCAGCAUCGCCCUUCAACAGAGUCCGAGCCUCGACCUUUUGUCUCGAAUGGUCCCUACCGUGACAGCAAAGAGUUCAUCGUAGACGACGAUGAGGUCAUGUCGGAAAGGGCGGAUGACCAAGUCGGAUCUCCAACUGAUUGGCGUAGUGCUGCAAGCACUCCUGUGAUCAAGGCAGAGACUCCCGUGGCUGCAAAGUACCCCAUCCCGCGAUCCAGCAAGAUGAACUUGGACCAUAUGAUCUGGCCCACCAACGAAAUGGAGACAAAGUACACCCCUGCCUCUCACUACGGCGGUAUGGUCAUGGAUGAGGAUGCUGCCAGGAUCGAGGAAGAGUUCAACAAGGCCUCACCCCCACCAGAGUCUUCAGAGCCCAACCCCAAGCGAAAGCUCCAGCGUCUCUCGUCUGGGACCAUGGAGGCAGUGCCAGCCAAGCGCGCCAACACACCCGGCAAGAACUCUAAUUCGGAGAAGGCAACACCCAACCAGCAAGGGUCCAACAAGAACAUACUCAAGCCCUUCCUUCGCAAGAUUGCCUCGUUUGCCCAUCGUUCAGAGGCAGCUCCAGUCCAAGAGCCAGAACCAACUCCUCAGCCACCAGCACUGCGAUCACACCCGUACCUCGUCCGCCAUCGUAUCUCGCCGGCUUCCUCCAGCACGAAUCUCCAAGAGUCAGAGGAGGUGACCAGCCCAGUGACACCUACAUCUCGGAGGAUGUCUUGGCAACAACAGCAGCAGGAUGAGUACCCGGAUCAGACCCAAGGCCAGGGCCAUGACCAGAUGCGACCACCACCUACUUUCCAAGCCAAAGCCCCGCCUCCACCUUAUAGUGGUCAGAAUCAAAUGACUCCUUACAAGGCAUCUGCAUCGACCCGAGGACGCCGCCAGCAUCGGUCCCGCGAGCCUUCCCUCUCAUCCUUGGCUUCUGAGCUGACUUUUGAGCCAACGCGAUCAAGUCUGUCUCCCAUGUGCGAGGAGCCACCUCGAACCCCAGGGUCGUCAGCCCACCCGGCGACACUUGCUCCUUUUUAUUUCCCACCAAGACCUCAGUCCAUCCAGGGCGAGUCUGGUCAUCCCUUGUCACCUCUUCGCGGUAACCGCGAGUCGAAUGUCGCUGGCGAGGACGAGGAGGAUAGCGCAAUGCAGUGCGACAACAACCCGUCUUUCCAAGCAGAGGGGUCAAGGAGCUUCCAAUCUGAACCCCUCUCUGCCUCUGUCGCAGCCGUCGCGGCCGCUCAGGGGAAGGGUAGGAGGACAACGUCGGAGAGGAUACCAACAGACGGUCUAAACGGAGGCUCAUCAACAUCAUCAGCACCAUCGCCCACAGCGACCCGUCAGCAACAACAUGCGACAGAGCACAGUGCACCAGCUGGUAGGCAAAGGAUCCCAAGUCAUGCGCCUUCACCCACGACCACCCAUCCUCCUGUUCAAUAUCCUCACCCUCAUUACGUUGCCUCCUACUCCCCUGCUGCUCCAACCAACCUGCAGUUGGUCCAGGAAUUCAAGGGGCUCUCGACGACGACGACCACAGCAGGAGGAGCAGCUCGCGGCCAGAACCCUCCACCCCCUGUCGCGAUCCCUCGCAACCCCCAAGCCAUCCUUCGGAGUCCGCAGGCGAUUCUCCCAGCCUUGUCAGCAACAAACAGUCGAUCGAUUCAACCACAGCCACCGGCCCUGGCCCCUCGUCCGUCUCGGCAGUUUGCUCCCAUCCGCCCAAGGACGCCCAUGAUGUCGGACGAAGACUCAAAAGACCGCGUAGCUCAGUUGAGUACUGAGACUGCAUUGUCUUCUUCGUCCUCUUCAUCUUCUACGGUCUCAAAGAAGAAGAGAGGAUCAGAGUCCAAGUCGUCCCAGCCUCAGACUCCCCAGGCACUGCGUCCUUUGGUGCCAGUAGUCGCGGUGGCCAAUGCACCACCACCCUACCGUCCCCCUUUUGUUGCAUACUCUUCCCCAUAUACCCCACACUUGCAUGUCGGUCCCAACGGCACUGGUGGAACAAUGAGACCGCCGCCCCAAAUGAUCAUGGCGGUUGAUUACUCACACGGUGCCGCAAUGAUGGCUGCCGGUGGUCGCCACGGUCACCACCCUCAAUUCAUUGCAACGACUGGGCCAGGUGGCCACGCAGGCGGGCCUCGACUGUUUAUCCCUGUGAUCCCUGUUAUGUAUAACAGACCGCCUUCUUCCGCCAACCUGCAGCUUGCUAUUGCUCCUUCGGGUGGUAGUAGGGCAGCAGCAGCUGGUGGUGGCAAGGCGACGACCACUCAUGCCAAGAUCGCACCUCGAUUGCAUCAUUAA